AUGCAUCUCAAUGAUUUCAACCUACGGAUACAAGGUGAAACUUCACUCAUCUGUGAUUUGUACUCAAAGGUGAAAGCUUUUCGUAAGAAAUUAAUACUAUUUGAAAGUCAGUUAACAAGAAGCUGCUUUACUCAUUUUUCACGAUGUGACAAAUAUAGACAGGAAGCUGCCACUCCAUUUCCAAACUUGUUUGCUCAAGAUGUCAUUUUAGCUUUGAAACAACAGUUUGAAGAACGUUUUUCUGAUCUUGAUGCAUGUUCUUCAAAACUAAGAAUUUUUGAAAAUCCAUUUAACUCUGUUAUUGGAGACUUACCUUCUGAGUUACAAAUGGAAGUUAUUGAUUUGCAAUCCAAUGACAUCCUGAAGGACAAAUAUAAAGAGGGAAAUUUGAUUGAAUUCUACAAAUGCCUUCCAUCCGACCAAUUUCUUCAUUUAAGGAGGUUUGCCUGUGAAUUCAUUUCAGUUUUUGGCACCACAUAUUUGUGUGAGAAGACUUUUUCAAAGAUGAAAUACACAAAAUCCUGCUACAGAUCACAAUUGUCUGAUGAACAUUUAAAUGCAUUGCUUGUUAUUGGAACCACUCAUUUUGAACCUCAGUUGGACAAAAUUUUGUCAGAAAUGAAACAAUUUCAUGUUUCCCCUAUUGAUCAAAGUUAA